UAUAAUCUAUGGCAGCAAUUGGCAUGGCAAUCGCCAAUACAUAUUUUUCUUGUUUUGCAUUAUCAAAAAGAAAUUUCAAUUAUGUUUCUAGUAUUAGCUUCAUUAUUUUAAAUUUGUAAACACGGCAUCAACAAUAUAUUACGUGUUCUUUGUACCAGCUGCCAGAAACGGUUGCAAAUGUCAAUAUGUCAGGAUCUCGGCCUUAAUUUCCAACAUAGAAUGGGCGCAAAUAUAUCACAGUUGGAAAGAGAUAUCGGGUCAGAGCAGUUCCCACCGAACGAACACUAUUUUGGAUUAGUCAAUUUUGGAAACACUUGUUAUAGCAACUCAGUAUUACAAGCAUUAUACUUCUGCCGCCCAUUUAGAGAAAAAGUACUUGAAUAUAAAGCUAAAAAUAAGAGAACCAAGGAAACCCUGCUGACAUGCCUAGCAGACUUGUUUUAUAGCAUUGCCACACAGAAAAAAAAAGUUGGCUCUAUUGCACCUAAAAAAUUUAUUGCUAGAUUAAGGAAGGAAAAAGAGGAGUUUGAUAAUUAUAUGCAACAAGAUGCACACGAGUUCCUUAAUUUCCUUAUAAAUCAUAUUAAUGAGAUUAUAUUAGCUGAACGCAAUCAAAGUACUCUUAAGUUACAAAAGAAUAGCUCAGGGGAGAAUGUGACCUGCAACGGGACGGUGCCUCAGAGCACGGAGCCGACGUGGGUGCACGAGAUAUUCCAGGGCACGCUUACCAGUGAAACGAGAUGUCUGAACUGUGAAACUGUCAGUAGCAAAGAUGAACAUUUUUUUGAUUUGCAGGUGGACGUAGGCCAAAACACGAGUAUCACCCACUGUCUAAAAUGCUUUAGUGAUACAGAAACCCUUUGCAAUGAUAACAAGUUCAAAUGUGACAAUUGUAGUAGCUAUCAAGAAGCACAGAAGCGCAUGCGUGUCAAGAAAUUGCCGCUCAUUCUCGCUUUGCACUUGAAGAGAUUUAAGUAUAUGGAACAGUAUAAUAGGCACAUCAAGGUGUCGCAUCGGGUCGUGUUCCCGUUGGAGCUGAGGCUAUUUAAUACCUCAGACGAUGCUGUGAACCCGGACCGGCUUUAUGAUUUAGUGGCGGUGGUGGUACACUGUGGCUCCGGGCCCAACCGGGGGCAUUACAUUAGUAUAGUGAAAAGUCAUGGCUUCUGGCUGCUAUUUGAUGAUGAUAUGGUAGAUAAAAUUGAUGCCUCAGCGAUAGAAGACUUCUACGGCCUAACGUCUGAUAUACAAAAGUCAUCAGAAACAGGAUAUAUAUUGUUCUAUCAAUCUAGAGAUGCUAGUUGUUAAGUUUAUUAAUAUAAUAAUUUAUAUUAUUUAAGAUAGUCACUACGAUAGAUCAUGUUAAAUGAUAUGCCGCGAAUGUUAAAGUUGAAAUGGCAUUAUAAUAUUAUUGUGAAAUUGUUUUAAAUUCAAUUCAUUAUUAUUCAAUUUUUAGAUUUCAAUCAAUUGUAAAUACGGUUCAUUUCAAAUACAAAGUUG